GUGUGGGGGAGACACUCCUGCUCCCCAAGGAGAGCCGCUGUCAGCUGGGCCCGGGUGCGCUUUGGAAACAAAGAGCGUGUCGCCCGGGCUGAUGGCCGCCUGCGCUGCUGGAUGGGUGCGCACGCCCGAGGUCUCCUCAGAGCCUGAACCCCUCGUCUGGGCCGGAAUGCGUGUGCAGUGCCUUCCUAACACGGUUGGAAACUUCCGUUCGGGACGUCUUCAAGACAUCUGUGGGUUCAACUGGCCAAAUUGCAUGAUGGUUUUUCAUUUAAAACUUCUGACAUUUUGGAGGUUUGAGCAGGCAAGAAAGAAGCAUGCAUGGUUCUGUAAACAUCGAAAGGUUGGUGUUCGGGGAAAGGACAUUGUUGUUCUUGGUGUGGAGAAGAAGUCAGUGGCCAAACUGCAGGAUGAAAGAACAGUGCGGAAGAUCUGUGCUUUGGAUGACAACGUCUGCAUGGCCUUUGCAGGCCUCACUGCUGACGCGAGGAUCGUCAUCAACAGGGCCCGGGUAGAGUGCCAGAGCCACCGGCUGACGGUGGAGGACCCAGUCACCGUGGAGUACAUCACCCGCUAUAUCGCCAGUCUGAAACAGCGGUAUACACAGAGCAAUGGGCGCAGGCCGUUUGGCAUCUCUGCCCUCAUCGUGGGCUUUGACUUUGAUGGCACCCCUAGACUCUAUCAGACUGACCCCUCGGGCACAUACCAUGCCUGGAAGGCCAAUGCCAUAGGCCGGGGUGCCAAGUCUGUGCGUGAAUUCUUGGAGAAGAACUACACUGACGAAGCCAUUGAAACAGAUGACCUGACCAUUAAGUUGGUGAUCAAGGCACUUCUGGAGGUGGUUCAGUCCGGUGGUAAAAACAUCGAACUUGCUGUCAUGAGGCAAGAUCAGCCCCUCAAGAUUUUAAAUCCAGAAGAAAUUGAGAAAUAUGUUGCUGAAAUUGAAAAAGAAAAAGAAGAAAAUGAAAAGAAGAAACAAAAGAAAGCAUCAUGAUGAAUAAAAUGUCCUGUCCUUGAUUAUAACUGUUUUUAACUCAAAUCAUGGUUGAGUCUCAGAUAUGUUGGCGUUUCCAUUCCAUGGAUUCACUGCCCGAGUCCUACAAUAAACUUCUGUGUUUUUUAGCCUGU